AUGCGAUUCAGCACAGUCCCCCAAAGCCAACACCGUCUGCACGUUGCAAAAUCCUCCCAAUAUCUCAAAGUCCUCAAAGUCCCCAAAGUCCUCAAAGUCCUCAAAGUCCCCAAAGUCCUCAAAGUCCUCAGCCCAGUUCAGGGCAGACGGGAGACACAAGCUGCAAGUCUCACCACAGAGCACAGGACGAUGAAGGCGGGUGCAGGACUCCUCUCUGCAGUGGUGCUGUUCCUCCUGGUGGGGGCGGUGUUGAGUCAGAGAGCACCACGACCCAAGAAACCCACCAAGCGCCCGCCCACCUCCAGAAGACCCUCCACGCCGGGGCCCUUCCAGCCGGGGCCCUUCCAGCAGGAGCCCCGCGAGCCCACGGACCUGCCCCCGGUCAUCAUGGGCUCCUCCGACAUGUUCGAGGAGUGUCCGCAGGUCUGCAAGUGCUCCAGGAGUUACCCCAAUACCCUCUUCUGCGAGAACCACAACCUCCGGGCGGUCCCUGUGGUCCCGGGACGCACACGCUACCUGUAUCUGCAGAACAACUACAUCACCGAGCUCACGGCGGAGGCUUUCGUCAACGCCACCGAGGUUCGCUGGAUCAACCUCGCCAACAACCGCAUCCAGCGCAUCGACAAGCAGGUGUUUGAGCGCCUGCCCUCGCUGCUGUACCUGUACGUCCAGAAGAACCAGCUGAAGGAGGUCCCAGCUGGUUUGCCCUCUGGUCUGGAGCAACUUAGACUCGACAAGAACCGCAUCACCAGCAUCCCCCCCGGAGCCUUCAGCAAGAUGGGCAACCUCACCCUGCUAGACCUCUACCACAACCAGCUCAGCGACCGUGACCUGGGGAAGAAUGAGUUCCGGGACCUGAGAAGUUUGGUGCAGCUCAACCUGGCGCACAACGUCCUGAAGAAGAUGCCGCCUGGAGUUCCCCAAGGCGUCAUCCAACUGUUCCUGGACAAGAACCGCAUCGACGACAUCCCCAAGGAUUACUUUGAGGAUCUGUCUCACUUGGCGUUCCUUCGGUUGAACUAUAACCAGCUCAGCGACAAAGGCGUCCCCAAAAGUGUCUUCAACUUCUCGUCUCUGCUCGACCUGCAGCUGUCACACAACCAGCUCUCCUCUGUCCCCGCCUUCAGCAGCCACCUGGAACAUCUGCACCUGAACCACAACAGCAUCGAGAGCAUCAACGGGACCUUGCUGUGUCCCUACAGUCUGGAGGUGGAGCCCGAGGACCACAGCCUGAUGCCCCGACUGCGAUACCUCCGUUUGGACGGGAACCAGCUGAGCCCGCCCAUCCCCAUGGACGUCAUCAUGUGCUUCAGACACCUGCACUCCAUCGUCAUUUAG